GGUUUGAAAUCUCGCGCCGUAUGUACCGCCAUUUUGGAAAAACACAACGUGGAUCGCGUAUGGAAGAUGUCGGACGCUGAAAACGACGUUGUAGAUCAGGACGUUGGGGAGAUGGCAAGGGGCGAGUCAGCUGAGGAAAGUAAGCCAGAAGACCAGGUGGAUGCUGACCAGUCAAUGGAGUCGACAGGCUCCUCGGUAGAUUCGCCGACAAAAUCCCCGGGCAGGAGCGGCAGUCCCAAGAAGACGCCACAGAAGAGGAGAACAGAUCAGAACGGCAAGGAGGAGGAAACGAAAGAUGAGGAUGAUGACGAUGAGGAAUCCAGUGACGAAGAGCUGGUGGGUUUGUUGGACGGCCCCGUAAAACUGAUGACUGGAAAGAGGGAGAGGAAGAAGACACAGAGGCUGACCUUUGACACUAAGAAGGAGGCCGCUGAGAUCAAGUUUGAAGUGGAAGACGGACAGGGGACGAGGCUGGGCGAAAUUCCAAACAUUGAGUUCUACAUAUCCAGGACCAACUCUGAAAACUUCCGGGCUUUCUACAGGUUCUUGUUCGGCAGACCAGGCAAGGCGCACGAAAUCAAGAGAAACAUCCGCAAAUUCUCAGGAUUCAACUUUGAGAAAGAGUCGCCGGAGUUUACCAAGAAGGAAUCCACUUUAGUCAGAUACACAAUGGAAGGACUGAGGGAAAUCUGCAUGUGGUUGGACCUUGACAAGUCGGGAAAUAAAGAGAAGAUUCUUGAGAGAAUACUCGCCUUCUGUUUGAAGCCAGAACCCUCGGGAAGGCCACAUCCUCAGAAAAAGAAGAGGUCAAACGUUGUGAAGAAGAAAGCCAAGAAGAGGAAACGCGAGGCGAGCGGCGGCGGCGACGCCAAGAAAACAACCAAGACCAAGAAAGCAAAGACAUCACCACAGGAUGUUGAAGAGGAGGACCAAGACGAAGAGGAUGGAGACAUGGAAGAGGAAGAGGCAGGAGAGCUGGAAGAUGACGAGGAAGAGGAGAUGGAGGAACCUAAAAAGAAGAAGGCCAAAUUGGACCAACCAUCACCUCAGAAGAAAGUGGAAAAGAAGAAACCAGAAAAGAAAAAGGACGCUUCCAAAUCGCCCAAGAAGACUCCAUCAAAGAAAUCGCCCGUCAAGAAGUCCACUCCCAAGAAAGCCACGGCCCAAAAGAAGGCGUCGAUACAGAUCACGCCGAAGUCCAAGCCCAAGUCCACCUCCAAAUCCACGCCCAAGUCCACGCCCAAGUCCGCGCCCAAGUCUACGCCAAAGUCCGCGCCCAAGUCCACGCCCAAGAGUAAAGCAAAGAAGAUGACGAUAGAAGACUCAGAUGAUAGUUCUGAUGACGAACCACUGAUCAGAAAAGCAGAGCCGUCGGAGGCUCAGAUUGAGCAGACUGUCAGGGCGUUUUUGGACAAGGCCAACCUGGAGUUGGUUACCAUGAAGAUGGUUUGCAAGAAGGUGUACGAGACCUACCCAGACUUCAACUUGGCGCACAAGAAGGACUUCAUCAAGGCGACAGUCAGAUCGAUAAUUUCAUGAUAGGAUAUUUUGCAGCUUGGCCACUGAUGACGUGACACUGUGUUCAUUUCAGCCAAUCUGGCUGGGAGGACAGAUUCGGCUUCUCCAAACUCAACUUGUUGAUUAAAAACUUGAUGGGAACAAAAAGACAAUAUGAAUUACAAGUAUAUCAGUGAUGGAUUCAGGAAUAACAUUUUGGCCAGUCGGGUGCUUGACAGAAGUCCUCGCUUCAAGACAGUACUUCCACAAUUAAAUUUGACGAAGGGCUAAAUGAUUUGCCCACAAUUCUUUUCCAGUUUGCUACUGUUAUGACAGAGCAUGAUCUGCAAAGUUUCACCUCUGGCAAUCCUGGCAUUUUGUCGAAUAUUAAUUUCUCCUGACCUUUCCGUCAUCACAGUGAUUCGUGUCCUGAUGUGUAAACGCAAAGUGGUCUAUAUCUUCCUGAGGUUUACCUUGGCUCUAUAAUUUGUGGCUUCGUUUACAGACAGUAAUCGUGUACAUAACAUCACUUCAAAAAGGCAAAGCCUCACAUUUUUAUUGGCCGUUCAGAAUUUCACCUGUUUGUAUCUGAUUGACUCUUUUCCCCCAGUGUCCAAUUUGCUGUAAUGAGUGUUUUUUAAAUUCAUCGCCUUUCGUCCCUGCAGCCCAGGUUGGUGUCUUACCUGGGCCGACCUGCGGAUUUUAUUUCCCCUUCCUACCCGACUGCAUUGGAUAUUCCUGUGAAUAUUCAUCUCUGGAUUCCCAUCCCUUUUUCCCUCGUCAUGUUGUUGGCAUUGUAAUGUGUUCCUCGACGUUCAAACAACAUUGCACGAUGAUUGAUGCCUGAAAUAGUUAGUCACCCAAGGAAUUGUUUUUUAGAUUUAAAUGAUCACUAUCUUUUAUACUUGUACAUACUCAAAAUGGUAACCUUUUAGUUUGAUUUGCGAUUUUUUUUAAUCGGGAAUCUUCCCUCGGAGGGGUGUAGAGACCAGCUGAUACGCUUAAAAUUUGACUUAUGUGGACAAAGUAGAUGUUACAUGUUGUUUUACCGAUAUUUGAUCAUGGAUGUGAAUGUUGGAGGCGUUACUUUUUGAAAUGCAGAGCCGUAGACAGAUUCAUUCUAAAUUGCUGGGCGACAGACAAUUUUUAGCAACCGAGAAAUGUUGGUAAUCAUUUCAAGUUAAAUUGGCAGCACUUACUUGGAGAUUUUAUCAGUGGUGUCGUGGUGUAGUAAAAGUUGACGAAACUAGGAAAAUUUUGGGUGGCCAUGUUUCUGCCCCAAGGAUUCUUUGACCAUGUCAUCUCAGAUUCUGUGUACCAUUUUGUAGAUAAACACUAAGAACACAUCAGUUUAUUUCUGGCAAGUUUAUUCUUUUCAUUAAUUUUUGAUGUCAUAUUAACCAAGUCGUAUGUUUUGUUGGCAUUUAGUAUGUUUUGUAUGCCGUCUUAAAGUUGAGUGAAUUAAUUAAAUCCUGACUUAAUUUCCUGUAUGAAGGUUUGGAUGAUUCCA